AAACCGUGCGACCGGGACCGACCGGAUGGUGCGCCGUAGUUGUGGCGAGAGGAAUUUGCCAUCUCCGCGAGUCUCGGCGAGUCAGUCGAGUCCGAGCCGGUGUCGCGUUUAGUUCACGAUCAAGAUCGCGCGCGCGUACGCGGGAUCGCAUAGGUUUUACCAUUUAUUUCGGCGUUCGCGCAUCCACCAGCAGUGCUUUAACACAUUUUAGUAUAAGCGGGAGAUUAUCGGAUCGUAGCCCGUAGGUACCUUACCUAGUAGCAGCGAAGCAGAAACGAAUCAGCGCGCCGCACGCACUAAAAUACAAAAGCGACGAACCUACAGAGCAGCCGUGAACGCGAACGACGCGACGACCAUCAUGCGGACCGGUUUGCUGCUGGGCAGUGGUGGAGCUUCGGCCAGGCUUUGGGCCGGCUGUUGGUGCCUCAGUUUGGCAUUGUUGUCUUUUUCGGCGCUGGUCACGGCACAGUUCACCGACGAAGACGGCUUCGAUAUUGACUUUGCGCCGACCAGCGAAAAGACAAUGCAAGGCAAUCUCGUUGAAGCAGAAAGCGAAGGCGAGGGCAGCAACAGCAGCAGCGAGAACAACAACAACAGCACCAUGCGAUGCUGGAGUUGCGUGGCUCGGUAUCGCAGCUGGGCCGAUUGCCAAAAUCUGGACGAAAUGCAGUACUGCGAGGACCCCGAUGUAACCACCUGUAUGAAGAGUUCGAUCCGGAUCGAGGGUCUGCUGGGCCGGGAGACACGCUACCACCGGUUGGCCGGCUGUGGUCAGAACGAAACUGCCCUGCGCGAUGCGUACUUCGAGUUCUUCGAGAUAACCUUCGGCGACAGCGAGCGGGUCACGCUGGAAGAGUUCAGCACCUGCGAUGGGCCGCUGUGCAACGUCAUGGACGAGGAGGCACUGCAGCGUGGCAAGUGGCGCGUGGUCAAUGGCAAUGUGGUGACCGCCGGGGCUGCUGCUGCUGCAGGAAGAUGGGCGGGAUCGGCCGUGGCCAGUGCGCUGAUGAUUUUAGCUGUAAGGUCGUUUGUGUAAGAUGGGGGGAAGGGGGUUUGGAGAUAAACCAUCGAAGUAGAUGAUAAGUUCGCGAAAUAAAAUUUUAAUAAUGAAAUGCGAUGAACGUCUGAAGCUUUAAGAAGAAACACCUGUAACGCGUAAUUAAGUAACUAUUUUAUUAAUAAAUUUCAAUCAAACUUGGUCUGCUUCAGCUGUCGUUUGAGAUAUGUUCAUUACAUCAGUAAUCAAAAUUCAAAAUCCGAACCAGACAUGUUACUUAAAGCAGACGCGUUAUCGAAAUUUAUCGUGUGAAAGGCAGAGUUUGGGUGUUGCUUACCAGCAACCAUAUCGCAAUAGGUAGUAUUUUUUGUUUGGACAGUAUUACAUCCUUUACACGGCUACAUAAUGUUGGUUAGAGUAUAGUUUAGUAUGUAUGAUUGAUUAUUUUCCGUCAAUGGACAUGAUUAAUCAAUCGUUCAUUAAUAUAAGAGUUUCUAUUGCUAGAAAUAUAUAAUAAGUACACCUGAGGUCCUUAUACAUCAGCCAGGCACGGUAUUCAACCACAUUGUUAAGAGCUGAGUCUCCGGUAAUCUAGCGCUUUAAAUUCUUUUAUAGCAUCCAGUCAAUUUGUUCGCUUUGCGAAUGACCUAGACGGACACUAUUGCUAGUAUUUGCUGCCACGCCAUAGGUUACGCCAAAACGGGCAUUAUAGUGAUUUAUUCCAAUAAAUCGGGUCAUCUAAAUACUGCUGGAAGACCGGAUCAUAAAGAACUGAUUAAAGAACCAUGUCGAAUCCAAUGCGGUUCUCAAAAUCAUUUCCAACAACAUCCCAUUCGCAUACUUUUAGCCACAUUUCUCCUACACCAGUUCAGAGGUGCAAAAUGUUGUGUUGACUAGACAAUAAUUAAAAUUCGAAUUCUCACCGUCCGGUUAUCCAGAAGUAUUUUCCAAUUAUAAUUGCUAAGUGACUCUCGACACAAGUGGUCCGUCUAUCCGAAGUGGUAGCAGCGGUUAUUCGUCAGUCACUCAAGCGGGCGAGAGUUGUGCGUUUCGACGGCGCGAACCGGUUUUGCAACUCGAUGACGACUACAACAACGGCAGCCACGCAUUCGGGUAUUAGUCGCUUGUUUUAACUGGGAGCGACCGUGAUAAAUCAGGGAGGAAAAUCCACGCCCCCUCUGUAUCUAAUUUCCACAUUGUGCUUUGUGCGAGGGUAUUUUUUUUCCUCCAGCUCAUACGCUGCUCACUUAAUCCGAUCGAUCUUGUAGACAAAUAACAACCGAGUUGUCAUUCCGUUCCUGUGCUCACGCGAUGCUGUGUCCGAAUAACUGCGGAAUUGAUUUUGUUUUUCCGAUACAAAGUCAUUGGUUAGAGAGAAUUGGCGUAAAAUGACUCACAUCAAUAUGCAAAAUACGAUGAAAAGUUUGGGGAAUGUCCAGAAACAUGUCAUUUUUUAGCACUUAAAUCUGCCAAUUUCGUGCUAUUUCCGCCCGUUACUUCGAAACUUAAGGUCUGAGGUCAAGCUCGUCCGUUGAAAAUUUGAAAUUACCACGUGCUGCCGUUGAAAAAGCACGUUUUAGCUCUCUCGGAGAGGCAGCUUGUCCCACUCGUUCGGGGUUGGCAGUGUGGCCAGGAUUAUUUUGAAAUGAGUUUAUGGUUCAGUAUAGCCAAAGUUGUACAAGAUGGUUUUGUAUCAACAUUCUGGUUUUCAUUUUGUCCUCAGUGACAAAAGUUAUAACAUGGAUAUGGUAGAAGAUUUGCAGAGAAAGAAAAUAAUGUAAACAAAUAUAAUAAUGAAAGAUGUGAAUAUAACUGGCUCAGUAAAAGGUCGGGUAUUCAUCAAGAAUAUACUGAUGGUGUCUGAGCUCGUUUCUUGAUCAGUACAUAAACUUUACAAAAAUUAUCGUUGUUAUCCAAGGCUAUGGGUAUCUUAGCAUGCAUAUACGAUAUAAGAAUGCGAAAAUGAUUCAUUGAUCAUAGAAACCACUUAGCUAUUUGCUUUAUAAUUAUAAGCUGAGUAGCAGGUUGAGUCCAAAAGACGGGAGUUACGAAGAAAUAGAACAAGAAUAAGUGUAUUGUAUUGAUACAGCAAUAAAAUGCAUGGCGAAUUAUAUAUAACAAGCAGAGUUACUUCUUAUUAUACUUGACGUCGGAGAAGAUUUCCACUAUUGUUUCAUCGAGCAUUUCAUUGUGUUUUCAUUUAUAUUGAAACUAAAUACUAUCACAGCAUGGAAUCAUAAAUGGUUAGACUUAUCAAACCUCUUGUAUCUAAAGAUAGAUCUCAAAUCAUUAUUGGCAACCACCAAAACGGUGAUCCACACCGACCUCAAUUUUCUCAUUUCAGUCGAUACCAACAAAGCAGAAGAGAAAAAAAAACUCUCCCGGCUGAAAGCUGUGGAUGGAUGCCCGCAGAUGGGAGAACAAUAGAGCACGGUAUAAACAAACGCCGUCCUGGCAGGGCAGGUGCGUUUGGUAGCUGCGAAAUAGUUGCUAUGAAAAUGAUUUCGUGCAGUUCGAGCAAGUUGCUCGAAUACUCAAUCAAUGAUUUUAUGUAGCAGCAAAUGCAUUGAUUUGCAUUCAUUGCAUUGCAUUGAUUGCAAUUCAAGGUUUACAUGGAAAACUAAGAGAAAAUAAACUAAAUCAUCUCAAAACUUAAACAAAACAGAAACAUUUUAUAGAUUCAAAUUUAUUUAACAUAUUUCAUUCAAACAUACAGAGAAAAUAAAACUGCUCGAAACUCUAGUCGGCUGUAAGCGUCGACUCAUAGGAGAGCUACGAAUUUCAUAGAAAUCAUAUAUGGUAUACCCGAUGAUUUUGGGUGGAUCGGUGAAUAUUUUUUUAUCAUCCGGAAAUUCAUCUAGAAAUUCAAUGGAUUUCCUUCGAGAAUUUCUCUAGGAAUUCCUCUUGAAGUACCUCCAGAAAUUUCUCUAGGAGGUCCUCCACGAAUUCCUCAAGGUGUCCUUCAAGGCAGUCUUCAGGAGAUUUCUUGACAAGUUCCUCCCGGAAAUCCUCAAGGUGUUCCUCCAAAAAAUCCUCUAGGAGUACCUCUACGAGUUCCUCUGGAAAUACCUUGGGAAGUGUCUCCAGAAAUACCUUUUGGAGCCCAACCAAGAAAUUCCAGAAGAUUUCUAGAAGUUCAAAAGAUUUUUUUUCUACGAGCUUCUCCAGGAUAUUCUUGGGGAGUUCCUCCGAGAAUUCUUCCCAAAGUUCCUCGCAAAUCUCCUGUAGAAAAUCCUUAAGGAAUCCCUCUAGGAGAUUGUCUAGGAGUUUCUUCUAGAAAUUCUUCUAGAAGUAGGAAUUUUUCUAUAAGUUCCUCCGGGAAUUCCUCGAGGACUGCCAAAGGAAACUCUUUGAAGUUUCUCUAGGGAUUUCACUAGAAGUUACUUCGUGAAAUCCUUUUCGAGUGUCUCCAGGAAUUCUUCUUGAGUUCUUCCGGAAAUUCCUCUAGAAGUUCUUCCAGAAAUUGCUUUUCGAGUGCCUAUGAGAUUUCUUUGUAGGAGUUCCUCAAAGAAUUCCUCGGGAUUUCUCUAGUCGGUCCUCCGCGAGUUCCUCUAGGAGUUUCAAUUGCAUUUUUUUUUCUAGGAGUUUCUCUAGGAAUUCCCCAAAGAGCUCUCUUGAGAUUGCCUCUAAGAGUUCCUCCAGAAGUUUCUCUAGGAACCUUUGAAAAGUUCAAAUGCAUAUUUUCUAAGAGUUUGUUCUGGAAUUCUUCGAGAGGUUCUUCUGGAUAUGCCUAUAGGAAUUUCUCCGGGAAUUCCUGAACGAGUUCCCACCCUUAGUAAUUUGUCCAGCAGUUUCUGCGGAGCUUCCUUUAGAAGUUUCUUCAAGAGUUCCUAUGGUCUCGCCGGGAAUUCUAUUAGGAUUUCCUCCAAGAAUUACUCUAGGAGUUCCUCCAGGAAUUUCUGUACAAGUUCUUCCGGGAAUCCUAAGAAUUUUUUCGGGAAUUACUCUUGGUGAUCAUUCAACAAUUCCUCCAGGAACUCCUCCAAACAAUUCUUAAGUAGUAUACCUCUAAUUCCUGUAGGAGUACCUCCAAGAAUUUCUUGAGAAAUCUCUCCGGAAAUAUCUCUAGGAAUACCUCUAGAAAUUACUCUAGAAGUUGAACAUGCCUUUUUUCACGAGUUACUCCUGGAUUUCCUCGAGGAGUUUCUCGGAGAAUUCUACCAGAAAUUCGUCCAGAUUUUUUUCAAGAAGCUCUUCUAGGAGUUUCUCCGGAAACUCUUUCAGAAGUACCGAUUGGAUUUUUUUAUGAGAUCAUCCGGGAAUUUCUCUAGAAUUUCUCUGAGAGAUUCUCCGAGGAUUCCUCAAGGAAUUCUCGAGGAGUUUCUCCGGUUAAUCCGCUAGGUGGUCUUCUGGGAAUUGCUAUAGAAGUUCCAAGAGGAUUUUUUUUCUAGAAGUCUCCCCGAAAAUUACUCUAGGAAUUCCAAGAAUUUCGCUAGGAGUCCUUCCGGGAGUUUUCUUGGGAGUUCCAUCAAAAAUUCCUCUAGAGGUUCAUCCGGAAAUUACUCUUCGAGCUCCUAUCGGAUUUCUUUCUAAGAGUUGCUCCGGGAAUUCCUCUAGAAGUUUCAAUUAGAUUUUAUUCUAGGAGUUCCUCCAAGAAUUUUCCUAGGAGUUCUUUUGGAAAUUUUUCAAAUGUGAUUUUUUCUAAGUGUUCGUACAUAAAUUUCUCGAGAAGUUCUCCAGGAAAUGCCUAUGGGAGUUUAACCGGGAAUUCCUGAAGGAGUUCCUACCCCAGUAUUUUCUCGAUGGGUUUCUCCGGGAAUCUAGAUCCUAGAUUCCUCUAGGAUUUCCUCCAAAAAAUCCUCUAGGAGUUCCUCCGGAACUUCUUCAAAAAGUUCACCAGAAUCUCGUCUAGGAAUUCUUCCAGGAAUUUAUCUAAACAUUCUUCUAUAAAUUCUUCAGGUAGCUCCUCCGGAAAUUGAUCUUCGAGUUUUUAUAAGAUUUCUUUCUGGGAGUUCUUCAGGGAAUUUCUCGAAAUUUCCCUAGUCAGUCCUCCGGAAAUUCCUCUAGGAGUUUCAAUCGGAUUUUUUUUUCUAGGGGGUCCUCCAAGAAUUCCCCAAAAAGUUUUCUCGAGAUUUCUUCUAGAGGAUCCUCCAGCAAUUUAUAAGGAGGCCUCAGCGAAAUUCUUCUAGAAAUUCAAAUGGGAUUUUUUCUAAGAGUUCGUACGUUCGUAUCUCUGAGAAUUCCUGUAGCUUUGCCGGGAUUUCUACUAGAAUUCCUUCAAGAAUUCCUCUAGAAGUUCCUCCAGAAAUACAUCAAGAAGUUCCUCCAGAAAUUCUUCCAGGAAUUUCUCUAGAAGUUCUCCCGGGAAUUCUUCUAGGAGUGUCUCCGGGAGUUCUUCUUGGUCGUCAACCAGCAAUUUCUUCAGACGUUCCUCCAAAAAAUCUUUAAGAAAUAUCUCCUGGAAUUCCUCUAGGAGUAUCUCUCCCGAGAAUUCCUCUACAAAUUUCUCCAGAUUUUUUUCUAAGAGUUCCUCCUGAAAUUCUUCUAGGAGCUCCUACGGGAUUUUUUCUUUUAGUUCGUUCAAGAAUUCCACGAGUGGAUCCUUCGGGAAUUCUUCUUGAAAUUUCUUCAGAAACUCAUCUUGAAAUUCCUUCAGAAAUUCCUCUACGAGUAACUCCAGGAAUUUCUCCAGGAGUUUCUCCUAGAAUACCAACUAGAAGUCUCUCUGGGAAUUCUUCUAGGACUUCCAAGAAUUUCUCUAAGAGUCCCCCUGGGAGCUUCAUUGGGGGUUCCUCUAGGAGGUGCUCCAAAAAUUUCUAUAAGACUUUCUCCUUGUUCCUCAAGGAGUUUCUUCAGCAAUUUCUCUACAGGUGUUUCAAAAACUAUUCUAUGAAUUUAUUUUUAAAGUUCAUGCAGGAAUUCCUCUAUGCUGUCGUUCGGGACUUCUUCUAGGAGUUACAAUGUAUUUUUUUUUCUUGGAGUUCCUCCGGAAAUUGCUCUACGUAGAAUUAGCGACACCAGUAGAAUUCGUCCAAAAUUACCUCCGAAAAUUCCUAUGGAAGUUCCUUCGGGAAUUCCUCAAGGUGUUUCUCCGCAUAUUUACCCAGGAUUUCCACCGCAAAUUCUUCUAAUUGUUUUCUUCAGUAAUUUCUCUUACAAUUUCUCCACGAAUUCCUCUGGGAGUUGCUCCAGGGGUUCCUCCAGAAAUACUUCUUGGAGUUCCCUUCAGAAUUCAUCUAGGUGGUCUUCUGGGAAUUCCUCUCUAGGAGUUUCAUAGGAUUUUUUUUUUUCCUAAAAUCUCACCGGGAAUUCCUCUGGGAGUUCUUCCGGGUAUUAUUACUUGAAUAUCCCAAAGAGUGUCGUAAGCAAUUUUCUUCAAAGGUCAUCCAGGAAUUAUUUUAUGAGUUUCUCCCGAAAUUCCUCUUGGAGUUCCACUAAAAAUCCUGCAAGAAAUCCCGUCGGGAAUUUUUAUGGGAGUACCUUCAAAAAUUUCUCUAUAAGUUCCUCCUGGAGUUCUUCUUGAGAUUUUGUGUGUAUGUUUCUCCGGGAAUUAAACUAAAGUUUCUCUAAGAAAUCCUGUCGGAGUAUUUUCAAGGACUUUUCAAAAGUUCCUCCGAAAUUGCUCUACCAGUUCUCAAGGAAUUUCUUUCUAGCAGAUCCUCCGGUGAUUCUUCGGGGAGAUACCCCGAGAAUUUCUGCAGGCGAUCCCGAUAUUCCUCUAGAAGUUUCAAUGGGAUCUUUUUCUUGGAGAUUCUCCAUAAAUUCCUCGAGUGAUUCUUCCGGAGUUUCCCCGGGAGUUGCUCUGGGAGUUUCAUUUCUCCUAGAGAAAUGGCUGAAGAAACUCCAUGAGGAAUUUAAGGAGGAACUCCUGGAAGAAUUCCGAGAGGAACACCCAGAGAAAUUCCAGGAGGAAGUCCUAGAGGUAUACCUGGAGGAACUCUUAGAGCAAUUCCCAGAGGAAUUCCUAGAGGAGUUCUUGAAGGAACUCCCAAAAGAAUCCCCGAAGAGAAUUUUAGAAAAAAAAAUCUCUUGGAACUCCUGAAGGAAUGCACCUAAAGAAAGAGGAUCUCCAAGAGGCAUACCUGGAGGAACUCCUAUAAAAAAUCCCGCUGGAACUCAUCGAAGAGAAACACCUAGAAAAACUCCUAGAAAAACUCCACAGAUUAUUACAGGAGUUUCCUCUGAGAUUCCUUCGGCAAUUUAUCCUGGAGUUCUUCCGGGAUUUCAACUUAGGAUUCCACUUGAAAAUCCUCUAGGCAUUCAUACUAGGAUUCCACCUAGACUUCCUUCAUUGAUUUCUCUCUUUCUUCCUGGCAUUCCUACUGACAUUCCUCCAGGAAUUCCUCUUGGCAUUCCUCUAGGAAUCUCCUGGGAUUCUUCCAGGGAUUCUGCCUGGAAUUCCUCCAAGGAUUCCUCCAGGAAUUCCUCCAGGAAUUCCUCAUGGGAUUCCUGCGUGAAUUUCUCCUCAGAUUCCUCCAUGAAAUUUUCCUUGGAUCCUCCUUGGAAUUCCUCCUAGGACUCCUCCAAGGAAUCCUCCUCGGGAUUCCUAGAGGAGCUCUUCCUAGGAUUAUCACAUAGCUUCCUUUUGGUAUUCCACCAAUAAUUCUUCCUGGGAUUUUUCCAGGAAUUUCUCUUCGGAUUCCUUCAGAUAUUACUCUAAGGAAUCCUCUAGGAAUUCUUUCAAGAAUAUCUCCAGGAAUUCCUUCUAGGAUACUCACAGGUUUUUUUUCUGAGAUUUUACCAGCAAUUCUUCCUGGGAAGAAUCCCAAUCCAAGAAUUCCUCUUGGAGUUUCUCCAGAAAAUUCUCCUAUGAUUCCCCCAAGAAAUCCUCCUGGGAUUCCUUUUGGAAUUCAUCUUCGUCAAUCUUCCUGAGCUUCCUAUGGCAAUAACUCCUGGUAUAUCUCUAGGAAUUCCUCCUGAGGUUUCUCCAAAAAGGCCUUCAAGAAUUUCUCCAGAAAUUCAUCCAAGCCAUUCCUCUUGGGAAUCCUCCGGGAAUGUCUUCGGAAAUGCUUCAGGAAUUCCACAAAUAUAUCUUCUGAAACUCCUCCUGGGAUUCCUCCUAGUAUCAAUACAGGAAUUAAUUCUUGGAUUCCUUCAGUCAUUUUUCUCUGAAUUUUCCAAGGCUUCCACCACGAAAUUUUACAGGAAUUGUUCCAAGGAUUCUUACAUGAGUUUUUUCUGGGGUUCCUUCUACAAUUCGUCCUAGAAUUCCUCUAGGAAUUCAUCCUAGGAUUCCACUUGGAAGUCCUUUAGGAGUUCGUCGUAGGAUUCAACUUGGAAUUCCAACGUGGAUUGCUCCAAAAAUACCUCCAAGUAUUCCUUCAGGGGAUCCUUUAGGAAUUCCUCUAGGCAUUCUUCUGGGAGUACCUCGUGGGAUUGUUCCAGGCAUUCCUGCUGGGAUUCUUCCAGGAAUUCCAGGUAUUCCUAUUGGCAUUCCUCCAGGUAUUCCUCUUGGCAUUCCUCAUGG